GAAGCGAGUUCAGUCUAUCCGGCUACUUUUAAAGCUCCUGUCGCUCCGCAUAUUCCGCUUUCCUUGGCAGUGCGCUCGCAAUUUCACAGCUUAAAAUUCCGGUUAACUGACACGUAUACAUACGGAGAAGACUCUCCCACACCACCAGCACGGGCGCCUUUAACACACAGUUCUAAACAGAAAGCAGACGGGUGUCUGGCGGCGCAAUGCGAUACCGCUUCAUAGUUUUCCGGGCCCAGCCAACGAAGGGAACGAUUACAUUCUCCAUAUACCUGGAAGAGGUGGUAAAGCCCCAGGUUCACACCGGUCCUGCGACUUUCAGCGCGGUCACGUCGCCCACGGAUGAGUACUCAGCAAAUGAGUUGCCGCUAUCGACGGUGCCUCAGCCGAAUUCCUCGGGGUCAGACAGCAGCAGUAGUAACAGCAAUGGCGGCACACCAGGAGUAGCAGGCGCACGAAUCACGCGAACAUUAGAUCGGACGUGGGACCAGUGCGAAUGGUUGCAAAAGAAGCUUUUGCAGAGCUUCCGACUACAGAUCCUGCCACCACUGUCAGAGCGGCCCAGCACAAAAAAGCUUGCUGACUCGCUCGCAAUCGAGCGGCAGCGGUCACAGAUCGAGCGGUGGCUCAACCGGUUGGGUGCACGCGAGAGUGUGUGCGAGAACGGCUCCUUUGACCAUUUCAUUUCGGGCAGAAUGUCCCACGACGAGGUUGGUGGUGCAGACAAAAAAUCGUUUUCAUCGAAGCUGUUCAACAUGUUCACAGGCAUCGCUGACCAGGGCUUCAGGAUGUACACUCCGAUUGGGGACAUCAACGACUAUGAUGAGGACGAAGAAGAGCAGCGGCGCGAGUAUAUUUUGCGCGUGGAAGAGUACACGAAGGACCUGGCAGAUGCGAUGUCCAACAUGCACGCGCAGGAGGAGGUGCUGGACAAGGGUGUGGUCAAGGUGACGAUGGCUAUCGAGAAUGCGUUUCGGUCGGAAUCGAUGGCGCCGUAUGACGAUGGGUCAGUCACAAAGCCGGAAGGCGAGGACCACGAGCGGCUAACGGUCUCGCUUGGACUGCUUCAGAAUGCAUCAGAGUCUAAUUACUGGUCCAACCGAGAAGUAGCGGUUUGGAAGGACUUUAACUUUGCUGACACGGUCAUGGAAUACCGGACAAUGCUGGGUGGCAUCAAGGACGUGAUGAACAACGCGACCCAGACCCUGAUAAUGUACGAGAGGGCGAUGCAACGGCAGCAGGGGUACUCGGCCAAGGCCAACAGCCUGCGUGUGCAGUAUCCGAGCGACACACCAUCAGUGAAGUAUGCCAACGAGCAAGAAAUACUGGCUGAGCGCGAGCUGGAUCUGGCCCGACAAGAGUACGCUGAUUCAUGCGACAUGGUCAAACACGAGCUGGUCCGGUACGAGCGGGAGCGGGCCGCCGGAAUGUGCAAGGCCCUGGAGCAUACCGCGAUGCUGGAGCUCGAAUCGGCAAAGGCACGCAUGCAGGAGCUGCGUGCUGCAUGCAGGAGGAUAAAAAACCUGCAGCUGGUCAAGGACCCGCCCCAUGCACGCACUAGCAUCGGGCCGAUGCUGUGGCACGGCACUGCUGCUGGCCAGGCGACAACGCCGAUCACCCCCAAUACCAGCCUGCCGUCUUCGCUGUCCACACUCAUGACACCUGGUUCACAGCCGUCAGUUCAGCGACAACGUUAUUUUGGGCGGGCUUUCAAACGACUCCAGGGGGGCCAGCCGCAAUUCGCCGUUGGCUGCCCGACUGGAUUCUGAUGACGACAUCUCUGCGUUUGCACACAGCAAUGCGAGUGGCAGCAGCUCAUCAAGAGCACCACUGGCGGGUGCGCCGGGAGGAUCGAAGCCGGCAAUACUUCGCCGUGCACGGACAAUGGAUGGGCCUUUGUAUGGGUCUCAAGACCUAUGCAUCUCCAAAAAUGGCGGGUCUUCGUCAAGCACUAGGCGGGCUGGAGGCUAGUGGCACCCAGUCAGCGGUAUCACAGCGGC